AAUUUUAUUCCUAUAGUUUGGUGCUUCUGCCAUGUAACACUAGUUCAACUUUGUUGAUCAGCACGUUAAUAAUUUAUUAUUAAUAAUACAGUUUAGGUAUCUUUAUUGCAUAAAAUACUACAGAAAUGAGUUUAAUUUCCUGUAUACGCCCUAUAAAUAUACUAAUUAAUCAAAAUGCCAUUACAAAAAGAUGUUUACAUAUUAGUACAGUACUUAGUAAAACACAAUCUGGACAUUAUAGACCUAAAGCAAGGAUCAGACAGCCGCUAACAUAUGAAAUGGCAAAUCCUCCAUAUCAGAUUGCUGCUAGAAAAUCUUGGAAUACUUGGAAUACCUCAAACUUAAAAGAUGGUAACAGACCAGCUGAAACAGUAAUAGAAGAUAUGUUUAUUCGAAACUUUAUGCAAGGUACUUUUCAUUCUUUGUUCGCAAGUGAAAUAAUUAUUAAACGACAACAUAACAUUAUUAGAAUAUCUGGUAUUAUGUUGCGUAAGAUAAAUCCUAUGAGGGCAUACUUUUUAAUAGGCUAUACUGAACAACUUUUAAGUUAUUGGUUACACUGUCCAGUGAAACUAGAAAUAGUUACUACAGAAAUGAAAGAAGAUGUUAUAUAUAAAGUAAUAUAAGUUAUAAGAAACAAAUAUAUAAUUAACAAUUUAUUUUAACUUGUACAAAUUUUUUAGUAUUAGUGUAGUUUUAAAACUGCCUUGAUCCUUGAACAAAAUGUAUAUAUAUGUACGUAUAAUAAAUUGUGCAAAUUAUUCCUUAUGGAGGCAACAAAAUUUAAUUGGUUUCAUUUUGUACAACAAUAAGUAUUCAUUUAAUUAAUUUUUUCAAUAUUUUUAAUUUAUUUCACGUUAGUUAAUAAACUGUUACAUUCAAUCAUGACUCAAACGCAGCCCAUAUACAAUCAUUGCAUUUUCAAUAAAAACUAAAUUUCAUGUCACUGUAAGAUGAAUUUCUAAAUAAAAGGUGUUUAAGUGCA